UAAAUAAUACAUCUCACAGCUACAGGAGCACAGUUAUUUCACUGAUUAGCCAUGGGGCACAUAUGUACUCAAAUGCAGGUAUUAUACUGGACAGGGCGGCAGUAUCGCUGCCAGCCUGCUCACUGCUGAGCGGCUCGUCAGGCUUACUCUAGCCUGAUAGGUUAGCUGCUUAGCCAACAGCUAGCCAUUAAGCUAAUCAGAGAUCAAGUAGGUUACAGAGAGCUGCUUGUCGGAGGCCUGUAUGUAACCGAGGUGGACAUUUGAGAUGACAGUUACCUGCACCUUUUAACAACCGUGACGUUUAUCAAAGAUCCCUGGUCCAGCCUGCCUUGAUGUUGGACUUCUUGCCUAGAAUGCAGCCAUGAGCUCUGUCUUGUGGAGCCAGGAGAAGCCUACUGGUGGCUUCAGGGAAGACUGGCGCUUUUACAUGGUCAUAAAAGAGUGUACGGUGGAGAAACCUCCCCAGAAGACACUGAGAAUCCCACGUGGCAGUCUGGGCCAAGCAUGUCAGGAGCGCAACAACUUGGGCCGAACAUUGCCCCCGUGCAAGGGGAAGAAAAGUCUUCGCAUUCUGGAUCAGACUAAUGUUGUGCUGAGCCUGGAUGAGCGUGAUGUUCAGGAGCUGGAUGAGAAACUGGCCGAGUUACUGUUCCCUAUUACCAACUGUGAGGAACGAUACGCGCUGCUCUGCAAUGACUCACGGCUGGCACGCUGCUGUGAAAUAGACUGUGGUUCCAAGGUACGUGUUCAGUUACGUUCUGGAGAUGAACCUCUGCCUGGUGUGGUCCGAUUCAAAGGCUCACUGCUGCCUGACAGGGCACUCUCUGGAAUCUGGUUUGGAGUAGAGCUCCUGGAGGAGGGCCGGGGCCAGGGCUUCACAGAAGGCUCCUACCAGGGUCGACAUCUUUUUCGUUGUGAGGAUGAAUGCGGUGUGUUUGUGGCCCUGGACAAACUUGAACUCUGGGAGGAUGAUGAUGAUGUCACAGGCGAGCUUGAGGUGGACCAUGUCAAUCUGGUAGAAGAUGAUCAUGACUUUCCCCGACUGGAAAUUAACUCUCGGGUCCUGGUGCAGACCAGAGACGGACCCGAGAGAGGCACCAUCAUUUUCUGUGACCUCCUACCAGGAAAUGAAAGUCUGGGCUAUUAUGUAGGAGUGGAUAUGGACAAUCCUAUUGGUGACUGGGACGGUGUAUUUGACGGGAAGCUGUUGUGUAAUUUUGCCAGUUUGGAGCACACUCGACUCGUCCCCAUCUGUGACGUGAUGCCAGAAUAUUCCAUGCAGGACCAAAGACUGCAAAAGCACAGUUUUGUCCCCAGAACCAACACCAGUGAGAAGCCGUCCUCUGGACAGAGCAAACCAAAGAGCAAAGGAUUAGCUCAUCAGUGUGGCAGUAGGAGCAAGUCUGAGUUUUACUAUACUUUAAAUGGCAGCUCUGUUGACCCCCCCGUCCAGACCAAAUCCAAAAGCACAUGGUACAUUGAUGAAGUUGGUGAAGAUCCUGCCAAGUCACUUACAGAAACUCCUCCCGACUUCACUCAGGCCUCCCCGCCCUCCAGAGCUCCACCCUCAGCCUCGUUGUCCAGUGACAACAAGUUCCACUCCCUGCCCUUCAGCCUGAACAGGAAGACGGGGCCCCUAGAUAACAUGAGUCAUGGGCCUCUGUCUCUAUCUGUACAGUCAGUAAUGGGAGAGCAACCUGAGCCUCCAUCACCUGCUGCACCUCCAUCACCACGGCCUUCAACCCCUCCUCGUGGGCAGCCGGGACUCGAGGUGGGCUCUCUGGUGGAGGUGAAGGAGAAUCCUCCUCUGUGUGGUGUCAUCCGCUGGGUGGGUCUGCCUCCUGGUCUGUCAGAGCCUCUGGCUGGGCUUGAGCUGGAAGAAGAAUGUCCUGGCUGCACAGACGGCACCUUCAAAGGCACCAGGUACUUCACCUGCCCUUCUAAAAAAGCUCUCUUUGUGAAGCUCAAGUGCUGCCGACCAGAUUCCCGCUUCCCCUCCCAGCACCAUUCCUCCAACCCCAUAGAGAGGUGCAACUCCAUCGCAUUUGGAGGUUACCUGAGUGAGGUAGUACAUGAGAACACGCCCCCCCGCACAGAACAUGAUGGCUUGGAUGUUAUGGUGGGAAAAAAGAAAGGCAUCCAGGGCCAUUACAACUCUUGUUACUUGGACUCCACUCUCUUCUGUCUUUUCUCCUUCAGUUCUGUACUGGACACAGUUCUACUCAGACCUCGAUCGAAGACUGACGUAGAAUAUUACAGAGAGACUCAGGAGCUGUUACGCACUGAAAUAGUCAACCCUCUUCGCAUACAUGGUUAUGUCUGUGCCACAAAGGUGAUGAAACUGAGAAGAAUACUAGAGAAAGUGGAAGCUGCGUCUGGGUUUACAUCUGAAGAAAAAGAUCCAGAGGAAUUCCUCAACAUUCUUUUCCACCACAUACUGAGGGUGGAUCCACUACUGAAGCUACGGUCAGCUGGUCAGAAAGUCCAGGACUGUUAUUUUUACCAGAUCUUCAUGGACAAAAAGGACAAGGUCGGAGUUCCCACAAUCCAGCAGCUCUUGGAGUGGUCCUUCAUCAAUGGCGACCUGAAGUUUGCGGAGGCUCCGUCCUGUCUCAUCAUCCAAAUGCCUCGUUUUGGCAAAGACUUCAAAAUGUUCAACAAGAUUUUCCCUUCACUGGAGUUAGACAUCACAGACCUUCUGGAGGACACACCGAGGGAGUGUCGUAUCUGUGGGGGUCUGGCUCUGUACGAGUGUCGAGACUGUUAUGAGGACGGAGACAUCACCGCCGGCAAAAUUAAACAGUUCUGUGAAAAGUGCAAUACACAGGUUCAUCUCCACCCACGAAGGAAAAGUCAUCGGCACGGGAAACUUUCUGUCCCCAAGGAGCUACAGGACGGUACGGGUCGUCAGGGCUUUUUUCCCCGUCAGAGGAUGGAGCUGUUCGCCGUGCUCUGCAUCGAAACCAGUCAUUACGUGGCCUUCGUCAAGUACGGCAGUGCAGAGUCGGCCUGGCUCUUCUUCGACAGCAUGGCAGACCGUGAUGGAGGACAGAAUGGUUUCAACAUCCCCCAGGUGUCCCCUUGUCCAGAGGUGGAGGCCUAUUUGAAAAUGACCCCAGAGGAGCUGCACGCUCUGGACCCUAAAAGCAUCCAGGGCCAGGCCAGGCGCCUACUGUGUGACGCUUAUAUGUGCAUGUACCAGAGCCCGACCAUGAGCCUGUACAAGUAAGAGCUUCCUCCAAACUCCUGUCCCUUCAUUUCUGUCCUCCUCACACCAGGAGUGGAGAUUCCCUGGAGACCACAACUGAAAAAAAAAAAAACUCAGAAAGGCUACCUGGAGUGAACCGCUUUCCUCACUACCUGCUCAUCUCUGCAAGUUGGACACAUGGGGAAAAAAGAGAGAGGGCCUAUUUGCACUGUGCAUUAGUGUUGUUUUCUACAUGUCGUCCUUCGUAGCUGUUCUGUGUCUCACAGCGGAGCAUUGAAGCAGAUCUCGGGUGAAAUUCACUCCCAUCCCUGAGAGGAAGUGUGGAGAGGAGGAAGAAGAGCGGGAGGGUGUGUUUGUGACGUUGUGGUCGAGCAAACACGUAAGAAAAAAAAAA